AUGGCCGGCUUCAACUCUCUCAGUGUUACAUCUCUCCGCAACCAGCAGCAGCAGCAGGGAGCAAUGGAUGCGGAUGAUGGCGGAGCUGAUAUUCCUGACAUUCCCUUCAAGCGUCCUGUAAAUCAGGCACUCAACCCGUCACGAUUCCAGGAAGCUUGGGAAGAUGACGACAAGAACUGGGCCACACAUCAAAGGCCUAUCAACCCCAACUCCAUAGCCCACAAGCACGACAAAAUGGGAAGAGUCAAGUCUCCUGAGCCCAUCCACAUCCAGCAGAGGCAUACGUCCUCGAGCCCGCCGAGAAGUCCUCGUACCCGAUCUUCAAGGUCAAGAGCCAAUUCGACCACGUCAUCGUAUCAAACGAACAACACCUCACUCCCGCCUCUGCAGACCAAGGGCGCGGGUGAUGACGAGAUCCUCGAGCCAUUGGCCGAGGAAGAGAUUGAACCAGGCUCCUUCGACCUCGUGGUACCUUCACAUGGCGACAGCGGACAGUACUCGUUGGAGGCUCGGUCCGAACUCCUCUUCUCGAAGGACCACCUUAAGGCCAUUUUCAAAAACCAUAUCCUCCUUCAGCGGUUUACCGAUUUCCUCCACUCCUCCCGCCCUGACACGCUGCCCCUCCUGACGUACUACCUUGACUGUUUAAAGGCACUACGUGCCAUCGCCUACGCAAACGCCAUUACAAAUGGCUUAGAUGCUUUGCCAGAGCAUGAGUUCUCAUCGGCGAGCACUGACCGCACAAUCAACACCUCGCUGGAGAAGAAAGCAGAGGCUGCUUUCGACAUCCUUGUACAAGAAGACCUCCCCGCUUACAUUACAUACAUGUGGAUCCAGACAGUUAGUAUGUCGAUCAAGCGGCGUAUUACUGGAACACUUCCCGUCCAGCUCAGAGAGAUGUCGGAAGGAUUGGCGGAAGUUUUCUGUUUAACGGAUCCGUCAAGGCAUGACAACCCCAUUGUCAUGGCGUCUGAGGAAUUCCACCGAACAACACAGUAUGGAAUGAACUAUGUCAUCGGCCGCAACUGUCGUUUCCUCCAAGGUCCAAAGACAAAUCCUUACAGCGUGAAGCGACUACGCGAGAAGUGCCUGGCCGGGAAGGAGCAUUACGAAACGUUCCUCAACUACCGCCGAGACGGCUCGCCUUUCAUGAACCUCCUCAUGGUGGCACCACUAUACGAUAGCCGCGGCACAGUCCGCUACUUCAUUGGUGCCCAAGUGGACGUCUCAGGUCUCGCCAAGGAGAGCUCCGACCUUGAAGCUCUACAAAGUCUGGUCGUCGAGAGAGAGGCUGCAGCCGCCGCCAGCAAUGGGCAGAACAAGUACGAGGACGAAGAGGAAGAGAAGGACGAGUUCCAGGAGCUUAGCGAGAUGUUUAACAUGGCCGAGCUUGAGACUGUUCGCAGGCGAGGCGGGAACAUGCACCGUGUGCCACAGAACGAGAACCAAGCCGCAACAUCGAAGAACUGGCACAAGCCUCGCAUCCUCAUCCAGGACGAAUCCUCCUCCAUUCACCAAUCCAAUCCCGCAAUACCCCUGACGAGCGGCAAGCUCUCGGGCGUGUAUGAACACUACCUCCUUGUUCGCCCUUACCCCAGUCUUCGCAUCCUUUUCGCCUCACCGUCCCUCCGGCUACCGGGCAUUCUCCAGUCAAAUUUCAUGGACCGUAUAGGCGGCUCCAACCGCGUGCGCGAGGGCCUCUCGCACGCUUUCGCCGACGGCCAUGGCGUCACGGCCAAAGUCCGCUGGAUUAGCAAGUCCAGCAGCGAGGGUCGCAUACGCUGGAUCCACUGCACUCCCCUCCUGGGCAGCAACGGUGCCGUAGGUGUGUGGAUGGUCAUCCUCGUUGACGACGAGACCGAGGCCGGCGUCAAGAGCCGCAAAGAAGCGCCCCCCGUUGAAGGUCGUUUGCGCAGACCCGUCUCGGGUCAGCAACAGCCGCGCCCAUCGGUCGACGACAAGAUGAGCCUCGCAGGCUUCGCCGCCAUGAACCGGGCGCGCGACGAGGUCGACGGAUCCGCCGUCGACUUUGACACAGACGGACUUGAACGUCCCCCGAGUCGUGCGAGUCGAGUGAGCCUAUCAAGCAAGCUAAGCCGGGGGCCCGUCAGUGCGUCACGUCGACCCGUGACCCCUCGCAGUUUCGACGACCUAGACGGAGGGCUCUCUCGGAGUCCGUACACGGUAAGGCUGGAGGAUGAAUAA